UGGGCGGGGCUACGAGGGGCUCUUGGCCACGUGACCGGAGCCAACAUGGCGGCGCCCAUCGGCGUCCUCCUGCUCAUCCGUGGAGGUUGUCAGAGAAUUCUGUCUUCGCCACUCAAUCCUAUCUACUUACACAAGCGGUCAGGCAGUCAACAAAGAAGACAUUUCUUUUUCUGGAGACAAAGGGAUAUCUCCCACAGUGUGGUUUCCCCGGCUGCCGUCUCUCCCGCACAUCCUGUCCCCAAGCAUAUAAAGAAGCCAGACUAUGUGACGACAGGCAUUGUGCCGGACUGGGGAGACAGCAUAGAAGUGAAGAAUGAGGAUCAGAUUCAAGGGCUUCGUGAGGCUUGUCAGCUGGCGCGGCACGUCCUCCUCCUGGCUGGGAAGAGUUUAAAGGUUGACAUGACAACUGAAGAGAUAGAUGCACUUGUUCAUCGGGAAAUCAUCAGGCAUGACGCAUAUCCCUCACCUCUGGGCUAUGGACGCUUUCCAAAAUCUGUUUGCACCUCUGUAAACAAUGUGCUCUGUCAUGGCAUUCCUGACAGCCGACCUCUUCAGGAUGGAGAUAUUAUCAACAUUGAUGUCACGGUCUAUUACAAUGGCUACCAUGGAGACACCUCUGAAACCUUUCUGGUGGGCAAUGUGGAUGAAAGUGGUAAAAAGUUAGUGGAGGUUGCCAGGAGGUGUAGAGAUGAAGCAAUUGCAGCCUGCAGAGCUGGGGCCCCCUUCUCUGUAAUUGGAAACACAAUCAGCCGAAUAACUCAUCAGAAUGGUUUGCAAGUCUGUCCACAUUUUGUAGGACAUGGGAUAGGAUCGUACUUUCAUGGACACCCAGAAAUUUGGCAUCAUGCAAAUGACAAUGAUCUGCUCAUGGAGGAGGGCAUGACUUUCACCAUAGAGCCAAUCAUCACUGAAGGCUCCCCAGAAUUUAAAGUCCUUGAGGACGCAUGGACUGUGGUCUCGAUAGACAACCAAAGGUCUGCGCAGUUCGAGCACACAGUCCUCAUCACGCCAAGGGGAGUGGAGAUACUAACCAAACUGCCACAAGAAGCCUGAGACUUGGCCGGCCGGCCGGCCGGCCAGAAAGCCACCAAGACCUCAAGGAUUGAGGAAGCAUCCCCAGGCCACACACAAGUCUGCAGUGAGGACAGGCUCUGGGGACUCAGGUCCGAUAGGACAGCCCUUGUGGCUAGAAAAACAAACCUCCCUUUCUGGGCAGGUGGUUAGCCCUCCCCCCCCCCCCCCCCGUCCACAUUCUGUUCAAGUU